AUGGAAGAAAUAGGAAAUUUCAAAGUGGUUGAAAUGCAAGAAACGGAAAUAUCAUCUAAACUUAAAAAGUUACCUAAACCAAUUGGUUAUGAACGUGGGCUUUUAUUGGCUCAAAGGAAUCACAAGGACUCUCCAGGGUAUUCUAAGGAAGACACUGAGCAAAACGCAGAAGUACCACUAGCUGAUUCAGAAUCCUGGAUACCAUGGUUGGAUGAUCGAUUAGAAAGAGCGGUUGCCGAAGUAUUUAAUUUUAAACCAUUAGAAGACUUUUGGAUGUCACUGAGGAAUAUUGACGUGGAAAAUGAAAUGACUAUAAUAUUAGGCAAUACACAAACUGCUGAGGAAGUGAGUCGCGAAUCGGCAGAUUCAACGUCUCCGGAUAGAUCAGAGAAUGAUAAUGAUAAUGAUACGUUGACAACAUCCACUCUUGCUGAAUCGAACACGAUAUUAUCCGAAACAGAAGCAGCAACAGCUGUAGUUUUAUCACAAUCAGGAAUUACACAAACUACAACUACCACUUCCGUAGCAUUUGAAAGUGAACAAACGGAGCAAUCAUCUGCGCCGGAUCAGAUAGUAGCAAGUGUAGCAGCAAAUAAUGCAUUAAACAGGGAAGAAUUCAUUUGGAAUUUGGAUGCACCGCCAUUUGUACCACACAAUUUAAUUAAUAAUCAGUCUUGUCCAAUACUGAAUGGAAUUCGAACUAGCGAUGCACCACUACCGAUUUUAUCCGCACCUAUCGUAAAUUCAUCGCAUCGUCAAAGUUUCACUUCAAUCGAUCAAAUUACCUUAGCUAUUCAGACUACGCCAGCAGCAACAGCGAGUGAUUCAAUUGGAGGAAAUGCGGCGAUGAGUGGAUAUAAUUAUUAUUCGAUGCCAGCUUAUUAUACAACAUCAGUUACACAGACUACGCCAGCAGCAACAGCGAGUAAUUCAAUUGGAGGAAAUGCGGCGAUGAGUGGAUAUAAUUAUUAUUCGAUGCCAGCUUAUUAUACAACAUCAGUUACACAGACUACGCCAGCAGCAACAGCGAGUAAUUCAAUUGGAGGAAAUGCGGCGAUGAGUGGAUAUAAUUAUUAUUCGAUGCCAAUUUAUUAUGUAGCAUCAGUUGCACAGACGACGCUAUAUAAUCAAGCAGGAACGAUAUACGAUGCAAGUGGAAACAUUGGACAACCAAGUGGAUACGGUAUUCCGAUGUCUGGUUAUUAUCAAAUGACGGAUCGGUCCACUAUAAAUAGACAAUAUGGCUCUGGUAUGUUUUAUGGUCAACAACCAGUUGUUUAUCCAUCUGUUGCACAAGCAACUGCAUAUUCUUCAUUCCCACGAACUCAUGAACAGAUGUCAAUCUGGUCUGUUUGGAAUGAAUGGUACGGUCAGUCAAGAAGUUAUGUUUUACACAACAAUGAUGAAUAUCCGCCUCAUCAAACAUAA